AUGACUUAUUUUGGAAAAACUCAGAACAAACCACAUGUUGUGUGUAUUCCAUUUCCAGCUCAAGGUCACAUAAAUCCAAUGCUUAAACUAGCUAAACUUCUUCAUUCCAAAGGUGGUUUUCAUGUCACCUUUGUUAACACUGAAUACAAUCACAAACGUCUUCUCAAAUCUAGAGGUCCUAAUUCUCUUAACGGUCUCUCCUCUUUUUGUUUUGAAACUAUUCCAGAUGGUCUACCAGAGUCCGACGAGGAAGCCACACAAGAUGUACCUUCUUUGUGUGACUCCACUCGAAAAACAUGCCUACCUCACUUCAGAAAACUUAUAUCUAAACUAAAUAAUUCUAUAGACACCCCUCCUGUUACUGCCAUAGUUUCUGAUGGCACUAUGACUUUUGCUUUGGAAGCUGCUGAAGAAGUUAAUGUCCCUAUCUUGCUUUUUUGGACAAAUAGUGCUUGUGGCUUCAUGUGUUACCUUCAAUAUCGCCAGUUAAUUGAAAAGGGCUUAACACCACUUAAAGAUUCAAGUUGUAUAACAAAUGGAUUUUUGGAUACUACAAUUGAUUGGGUGCCAGGCAUAAAAGAAAUUCGAUUAAAAGACUUUCCGAGCUUCAUGAGAACUAUGGACCCAGAUGAUGUUAUGCUUGAUUUUGUAUUAUGGGAAUGUGAAAGAGUUCUAAAAGCUUCUGCAAUCAUUUUAAACACGUUUGAUGCGCUAGAGCAUGACGUUUUAGAAGCAUUCUCUUCCAUUAGUAAUUUACCUCCUGUCUAUUCGAUUGGUCCAUUAAAUUUUCUUUUAAAAGAAGUCACGGAUAAGGAAUUAAACUCAAUUGGUUCCAAUCUUUGGAAAGAAGAGCCAGAGUGUUUAGAAUGGUUGAAUGACAAAGAAUCGAGUUCUGUUGUUUAUGUGAAUUUCGGAAGUAUCACAGUUAUGACAAAUGAACAGAUGAUUGAGUUUGCUUGGGGACUUGCUAAUAGUAAAAUAACAUUUUUAUGGAUAAUAAGACCAGAUCUUAUAACCGGUGAACAUGCUGUUUUACCUUCAGAGUUUUUGGAAGAGACAAAAAAUAGAGGAUUACUGUCAAGUUGGUGUCCACAAGAGGAAGUUUUGGAUCAUUCAGCAAUUGGAGUUUUUUUGACACAUAGUGGUUGGAAUUCAACGUUGGAAAGUGUGUGCGGCGGCGUUCCAAUGAUAUGUUGGCCUUUCUUUUCUGAACAACAUACUAAUUGUCGAUUCUGUUGUCAUGAAUGGGGAAUUGGUUUGGAGAUUGAAGAUGCUAAGAGGGAUAAGAUUGAGAGUCAUGUGAAGGAGAUGAUGGAUGGAGAAAAAGGUAAAGAGAUGAAAGAGAGAGCUUUGGGGUUGAAAGAAUUGGCAAUAGAAGCAGCUUCUGGACCAUAUGGUUCUUCAUUCGUGAAUUUGGAAUACAUGUUUCAUUUAUUUUCAUAA